AUGAUGGGAGGACCGGAAUACUACGACCCCCGGCGCCACCACCACAAUCCCCCCGGCGCCGUCGGCGGCGGCGGAGGACCGCCACACGGGAUCAUCCUCGCGGUGGUGGUCUGCAUCGUCGUCCUCGCCCCGUUCGUCUUCGGCGACCAAGGGGAAGCGAUCACCGAAGGAAUCGCCGAGCUCCUCAGCCCGCUCGGCCUCCUCCUCCUCCCGAUCGUCCUCCUGCUCGCAAUCCAGUUCCUCUCCUCCCAGCGCGGAUCCUUCGUCGCCGCGGUCCUCUCCGCCGGCGGCGGCGAGCCGGAGAGCUUCCACCGCGUCAGCGGGUCCCCCGUCGGCGUCGCGCUCUUCCUCUUCCUCGUAUUGUUCUUGCUGUACUACCGCGUCUCCAUAUUCGGCGGCGGCGAUGACUCCGGCGAUUGA